AUGUUUACCGGUCUCGUAGAAACAAUUGGCACUGUUGCCUCGCUCGAGGAGCUGGACAAGUCGGCGUCUGGAGGCGGCGGCACCUCGUUGACAAUUUCCGCGUCUGACAUACUGGGAGACGCGCAUUUGGGGGAUAGUAUCAGCGUCAAUGGAACCUGUCUCACCGUCACCGAGUUCGACAAGUCGUCCUUCAAGAUUGGGUGCGCGCCCGAGACGCUCCGUCGCACCAAUUUGGGGGCGCUGAAACAAGGCUCCAAGGUCAAUUUAGAACGCGCAGUAUCGGCAGAGACUCGCAUGGGUGGACACUUUGUACAGGGCCAUGUCGAUACCAUUGCGACCAUCGAAUCCGUAACUCCCGACGGCAACGCUCUAACCUUCCGUUUCAAGCCGCGAGAUCCCGCCGUCCUACGAUACAUUGUCGAGAAGGGAUACGUUACAAUAGAUGGCGCCAGCUUGACCGUCACCAAAGUGCAAGAUGGCCCGGACGGCUGGUGGGAGGUGAUGCUCAUUGCCUAUACGCAAGAAAAGGUCAUCACAGCGAGCAAGAAGCCGGGCGAAGAUGUCAACGUCGAAGUAGACCAAGUCGGCAAAUACGUGGAGAAGAGCGUGGCAGGAUACUUUGAGGGUUCCGCCAAUGGCGAGUUUGCGAUACUCGAAAAGAUGGUCGCGAAGCUUGUAGAUGAGCGGCUGAAGGCGCUUGGCAAGUAA